AUGCUACGGGUAGCUGGGCAUGAUCCCGUUGAGGUUCUAAAGGGUCUUCAAGACAACGAGGAUUUCCAAAUGACCGCAGAUCAAGUCAAGGCUCUCGGUGAGGUCCUUGGCUGGCCCAUUGCUGGUAGCUCAGCUCCUGUGGCCACUGACAAUCGACACUCUCCUCCUAUUGAAGAUGAGGCUGAGGAGCCUGCUCCUCUUCAAUCUAUGGAACCCCUGCCUUCAUUACCUGAAGAGGUUUCAGUUCCCAUAGCCGCUCCUGAGCCAGAGCUCGAAGUUCCUGGGGAGGAAGAGGAGGAAAAGGAUCAGAGUUCUCCUUCCAAACCUUCAGUUGAACCUGCUGAGCCUACAGGUGCCAUGCUCAUCAACGAUGAAGCAGAGGAAGCUAGCACUGGCCACGAUUCAAGUGCUGAUGAGGGAGACAUUGAAGUCCCCAGCAACCUCAGCAAGUGUAGAAUGAAGCACAAGCUGUUCUGGGCUAAAUGCCACGAGAAGGCCAAGCUCCAAAAGAGGGCAACUUGGUAA